UUUCAGUUGUGCGGGAGGAUGGCGGCCGCUGGCGCAGAGCCACAGAUACUGGUACAGUACCUGGUGUUACGAAAGGAUCUAUCAGAGGCGCCGUUUUCCUGGCCAGCGGGCGCAUUGGUAGCACAGGCCUGUCACGCAGCCACCGCGGCCUUGCACAUUCACCAGGACCACCCACACACUGCCGCUUACCUCCGGGAGCUGGGGCGCAUGUGCAAGGUGGUCCUCGAGGCCCCAGAUGAGACCACCUUAAAGUUGCUGGCAGAGACACUGCAACAGAAGAACAUUGACCACAAGCUAUGGGUGGAGCAGCCAGAGAACAUCCCCACUUGCAUUGCACUCCGUCCCUACCCCAAGGAAGAAGUGAACCAGUAUUUGAAGAAGUUCCGAUUGUUCAAAUGACUGAAGUUAUCAAUUGCUUUGAUAUGUUUGAAUAUCAGCUGGAUCCAGAAACUGCACGCCGUCCAUCCCUAAGCACCGUGUACUCCUUUCAGUGGCAAUUCCCUUCCCUUUAAAUUAUGACAGUUUCUUGAGGGUCAA